UAUUCAUCGUUUUGAAUCUGUAGUUCAACUAACCUGGUAGUUAGACUUAGCUAGUGUUGAACAUUUAUCAGCUAUUUGUGCAUUUAUAAGAUGUCGCCGAGCUGUUAAAGCAGCAGUGCGUGCGGAACAAUGUAGCGGCGGUGAAGUAAUGACAACUCAUCACGACUUUGUUCGUUUACUAUGAGCUCCCUAUCAGCCCAGCCUCCGGCAUCAAGCUCAUCAUGCAGGACUCUACCUGGAGAGGGAAAUCAGGUACAACCAAAAGCCCCUCUCCUGCAGAUUCUGCGUGUUGCUGGAGCCCAGGAAGAAGUCUUCACACUCAAAGAGGUGAUGCACUACUUGGGUCAGUACAUCAUGGGGAAGCAACUGUAUGACAAACAGAGGCAGCACAUUGUCCAUUGCCAGGAUGACCCUUUGGGAGAGCUGCUGGAAGUGGACAGCUUCUCUGUCAAAAACCCAAGCCCGGUGUAUGAAAUGCUCAAGAAAUACUUGGUAGUUCUCGGUUGUGCUGACGCUGCAGAGAAUCUUUCUGUGGGCCGUGAAUGUGUAGAGGGCGGAGUGGAGGAUCGUGGUCAGAUGUGCGGAGGUGUGGUCAAAGCAGGACUUGAGGCUGGCAGUGACGGGCCUCUCCUGCAGACCCCUUCCCAGAGACGACCUCGGGAGCCAGACGAUGAAUCCCUUGAAGGCCUCCCACGGUCAGCCUGCAAACGGCCCAAACUGGAUGUUACUCUGGACGACUGGGACCUCUCUGGCCUGCCCUGGUGGUUUCUGGGUAAUCUCCGUAGUAACUACAGCCGUAGGAGCAACGGCUCUACUGAUAUCCACACAAACCAACUGUCUCCUGCACAGGAGGAGGACACGGCCAUUGUAUCUGACACCACAGAUGACCUUUGGUUCUUGACCGAGGGUGAGAGUGAACAGGUGAGCGUCGAGAUGAAAGAGGCUGCCCUAGAGGAAGGGAGCGGAGGAGAAGGGGAUUCCCCACCUGAGGAUGAUGAUGGAGGUGGGAAAGAGGAGAAGGCAGAUCGAGAGAUGCAGGAGGAGCCAGAUGAAGACUCCCAGUGUCUGAGUGAUGACACGGAUACAGAGAUCUCUACACAGGAUGCAUGGCAGUGCACAGAGUGCAGGAAGUACAAUACACCUCUACAGAGGUACUGUGUUCGCUGCUGGGCUCUGCGUAAGAACUGGUACAAAGAUGUCCCUCGACUUGCCCAUUCUCUUUCUGUUCCCGACAUCCCAGCAUGCAGCUCCCUCAGCACCCAUGAUGAGGAAGAUGACAGCGACACAGGCAUUGAUGUCCCAGACUGCAGCAGGACAGUGUCUGACCCUGUCAUCCUGCCCUCUCAAGCCACAGCUGAUCGGCCACUGCCUACUAUGGUUAUGGGGAAAGGCAAGGGGCCUCGGCCCUUGGGCUUCCACAAAGAUGAGCAGCUCUCAGGAGGGGAGAGUCAGGAAAAUCUAGGCAUGGAGGUUGAAGAAGUUAGGCCUGAGGCCCUGCUGGAGCCAUGCAAGCUCUGUCGAGUGCGACCACGCAAUGGAAAUAUAAUACAUGGGCGUACAGCUCACCUGCUAACUUGCUUCCCCUGUGCAAGGCGGCUACAUAAGUUCCAGGCCCCUUGUCCAGGAUGUGGAAAGAUCAUUCAAAAAGUUAUUAAGAUAUUCAUCCUCUGAGAAUCUCUCUCACUCACUAACUCACUAACUCAGUAACACACGCACACACACACACACACUCUCUCUCUCUCUCUCUCUCUCUCUCUCUCUCUCUCUCUCUCUCUCUCACACAUUUUCAGGCAUAUUUCACCAUACAGCUGCAUGCACUCUGGUACACACACACACACACACAGGAAAUGUGCACCUUAGCCCUAAACCUACACAUACAUACACACAAAAAUCACACUUGGUGAAGCUUGCUCUUGGUUGCAUGGUUUAUUUUGCGUCACACUGCCUCUGAAGUAUUGUUAGAUGAGAAUCUUGGACAUAAGAGUUUGUCAUACCAAAUGUUUUAGUGCCACAUUUAAAUAAGGGACACACAAAGACAGAAUUAUUUAUUUAUUUAUUAGAAGCUCAUAGAAAUGCACAGUUUGUGUGGACUAUUAUUUGAUUUCAUGAAGGCUUGUCUUUUUGGGCUACGUGAAUUUUCUCAUUGGUUUUUGCAUUACAUUUGUUUAAUGGUGCCAUUUUUAAAAACUAGUAUUGCUUGCCCUAGUUUUAUCAGUUUCUUCAUAGAUUCACUUCAGUCAUCAUCUGGACAAAAAUCUGCAGGUAUUCUGGCUCUGAGAUUUGAGUUAUGAAGACAAGAUUGAAGGAAGAACAGGCGAGCGAGUCUUAAAAACCACGAUUGCGUUUUCAACAACUGCACUCCAUGAAAAUAUCCUCUUAAGCCUUUUUCUUCCUAAAAAGAAGUUCUCUUAGCAAAAGUGAAUGUACUGUUAAAUACAAAUGUGGUGGCUUAAGUCCUGUUUCACUCAACAUAGUAUUUUAAAAUGUAGAAUUGAGUUUAACCUGCUUGAGAAUGCACAGCUGAAGUAUUUACUGUAGUUUUCUCUCGGGGUAAUAAUUUGAUGUUAAUAUGUAUUCAAUAUUUACAAUUGCCAAGCCUCUGAUGACAGUUAUGCCUGCAGUAACUUAUGUCAUAUAAUUGUCAGUUAAUGUUUAAAUGUUAUCAUUCAGAAAGGGUACUUUACCCUCUUUCCUGAACUAAUGGUGAAUGAACAAUAUCUGUAUAUUUUGUAUUUAAGUUAUUUAUGAAUCUGUUUUGUUUAGAUGACCACCUGUAAUGAAGCAGGAAAAGGCUGCACUUGUUACAGUAAAAGCAUUUUCUGAAAGAUAAAAAAGGAAGUCUUUAAGAAAACAUGCUAAGUUACCAAAAUGACUGUGCAGUACUUAGUAGGAGUUAGGGGUUUGAUUUAAGCGUUACACUGCCAAGUAAUGACUUUAACAUUUAAUUUGUAUAUAACAGAUUUUAUUUGAAUGGUUCUGCAUUAUUUGAAGAUUGUAUAUACUAUUUACUUGGAAUGAAUUUCAGCGAGUGAGCUGUCUACAAAUACAGUAUGCUGUCCAGCUUUCACAAGUAAAAUGUCCAGUGACAUUUAACUCUUGAUUGCGUGGUGUAGAGGGAAUACCAUAGUUAUGUUUUCUGCUCUUGACAUGCGCUUAAUCUUUCUGCCAGCAGGUGGAGGGAAGUCUCAAUAUUGUAUCUGGUGCAUACAGAAGCUGUACAGUACCAGUAAUAACAUGUAAUGCAUAGAUAGAGCAUGCCUCCUGUCGUGACUAGCACCAGCACUGAGCUGGUGUGAGAGCUAUAUUAGCUAUAUAAAAGCUAUAAAAGAUUAAUGUAGCCUGCUGUAUUUAUCACCAUCAUUGUGCGCCUGAGAAACAAACAUCCUCUAUAGACAGACCUCAUAAAAAUGGCUUAGUAUGUAUUACACCAGUGAUACAAAAUAAAACACAAUUGUUGCAAUGAUUGAUAGUAAGAAUAUAAUGUGCUCACAGAUGGUACAGCUAAUAUAGUUGUUGUUUUUCUACUGGUCAUGGAAUAAAAUAAGUUGUUUUGUAAAGCAAUAAAGA